GCGGCCGUUUUGUGCCUUGCUUGUUUGCUUCAUCUGCUGUUGAGAUAACUACAACAGCCAUCAAGCAUUGAACAACAACAACAACAACAACAAGCAUCUUCCCGCAACCAUUAUCUUCUCAGCGCUGUCGCUGUUGAGUGAAGCCUGGACACGCGCCUCCGACAUGGACGGUGGGCGAGUGCCGGCGAGUGAGCCACCGAGGCUUCCGAGCUCGCGCCUCAGCCGGCUGCGACAAGCCUCAUCCCCCUCAAGCGGCAACUCCAGACUGAACCGAAGCUUCGAUGCUGCCACCACACAUGCCUCCGGCUACGACGUGGAGGACUUGGCAGCUCAGCGUGAGGAGCUGCAACAGCUCUCCCGUCAGCUUGAAGCAAUGCUGGCGGGCGGGAGUGGCGGUGAGAUCUUCGGAAACCAGGCAAGCGCACAGGAGGGUGGCGCUGCAGAUGCACUGGUGGAGCAAGAGGAUGAGGAAGAACAACAGGAGGAGGACGACGAGUACAGUGAUGAUGAGCACCACGAGGAUGAUGAUGAGGAUGAGGAUGAGGAUGGUGAUGAUGAAGAAGAUGAUGAUGAUGAAGAACAAGAAGAAGAAGAAGAAGAAGAAGAAGAAAUCGGAGAUGAUGAUUCGAACAAGGAGAAUGAAAACAACGCUGAUGGCGAUGAUGAUGAUGAGGAGGAGGAGCAACCAGACGAGGAACAAGGGGACGCGGAUGAUGACGACGAGGACGCUGCCUUCUCCAUGCAGGAGCUUGCGUUUCUGCCGGACGCGGUUGUGGAGCAGCUGCCCGAUGACCUCCGCGAAACCGUCAGGGACGUCAAGAUGCAGUACGAGCGCUUGGCCGAGAAGCAGCAGCAGCUACAAGAGCUGCAGCAGCAACUCCAGCUCCUGCAAUCCCUCCGCGGGGAGCCUGCGAGUGGCGACGACGAUGUUGGGCAGGCGCUGAUGGCCAUGCAAGGACUGCUUGGUCUGCAGGGCAUGACAGGCGAUCGUGAAGACGUGGACGAGGAGGAUGCUGCUGCUGCUGCUGCUGAUGAUGAUGAUGAUGAUGACGGUCAAGGGGGCGACAAGAACGACGGCGACCAGCACCAGCACCAGCAGCAGCUGUUUGGCCUGGGCCGGGAGCAGCUGGCGCAGGUGCUGCCGAUGCUCGGGGUUGACCUGGACCAGAUGGCCAUGCUCCAGCACGCCCUCGGCAUGCCCACCGGCGACGACGACAACGACAACAAUGACGAAAACGAUGGGAACGAUGAGAAUGAUGAGACCAAUGACACCGACGAGCAGCAGCAGCAGCAGCAUGAUGGUGGCGAUGCUGCGACUCAGCCGUCCCUCGACAACAUUGAAGAGAGCGUGGUGGCGGCGAGCGAGCUUGCACGGACGCUGCCGCAGUCGUCGACGCAGCGCGCUGAGCUGGACCGCCUGCUGCAGGAGCUCCACGAGACGCGCCGCAUGCGACAGCAAUUGUUGCAGCUGCGCUCCCUGCAGGAACAGCAGCAGCAGCAACAACAGCAGGGAAGCGGUGGCGAUGAGGAGGACGAGGAUGCCGCUGGCGAAGGUGCGACUGGCCAGGAAGGUGCCCAGAGUGGCGGUGCGCCCGUCCGAAGCAACGCCAACGACAGCCUGAACCUGAACCGCGCACAGCAGCACCGCCGCGGCCAGCCACAGCAGCAGGGUGGCGAUGAUGGUGAUGAGGAGGAGACGGUUGAUGAUGUCGUUGAAUCUCGCCGCGUGGCCGAAGCCCGGCGGGAGCUUGAGGCGAAGCGUGCACGUCUCGCUGAGCUUCAAGCAUUCCGUGACCGUCUCAUCCAGGAGGAGCAACAACUCCAACAAAACAGCGCUGCUCAGGAGCAGUAUCGCGAACUGCAGGAGCAGCAGCAGCAGCUCGCAGACCUAAGGACGCAGCUUGCGGCGCUGAAGGAGCAGCGGGCGGCGCUGUUGGAGCAGAAGCGGCAGCGCAUGCUCGCAGCCCAGCAGCAGCAGGACGAAGCCGAAAGUGACGGUGAAGACGAAGCCGAAGAAGACGGCGCCCAGCAGCAACGGCAACGCCGACAGCAACAGCAAGAGGGUGUCGAUGACGGGGACGAGGAAGAAGAGGAGGAGGACGAGGAAGAAGAUGAGGUGACGGAGGAGUCACGUGAGGCGCUUGCACAGCAGCUCUCUCAGGAACUCCAGCGCCACCAGCAACUCCUGGCCAUGCUGCGUGCUCAGAAGGAAGGUCUUCGCGCCCUGCGGUUUGGGCAAGCCGAGCAGGGGACAGGCGAAGACGAGGAUGAGGAUGAGCGCGACGAAGACGAAGAAGAUGAGCAAGGGUCCGCUUCUGCAGGCGGCAGCGGCAUCAACAGCAGAAUUGACGCGCUGCUUGGGCGGGUUGAGCAGCUGCGGGCGAUGGGGCACGGCGUCAUUCGUGAGGCGCAGGAGCUUCGCCAACGCAGGCAGCGCUCAGCCGCAUACCACGACGGCAUUGAGGAAGUGCCAGAGGAGGAGGAAGACGCCGACGACGACGAUGACGAGGAUGUCCAACAGCAGCAACAAGAGCAACAGCGGCAGCGGCGGCAGCGGCGCGGGCUGAUGGGGAUGGAGAUUGGGCCGCGGGAGGACGAGCUGUCUGGCCUGCGCCAGGCGGAGAUUGACGAGGUGCUGCGCAACCUGGACCACGAGAAAGGCUACCUCCUUCCAGGGCGCAUCUCCCCACGAUCAGGGUCUGUGUCGCUCGCGCCUGCACUUGGGGCGACGACGGAGCCCUCUGUUGCAGCUGAGAUGAGCACGACGAUGGCCGGCGAGGGCGAGGGCGAUGACGAUGGCGCCGAUGCUCAGGCCGACGCCGCAGAGUGGCAGCUUGAGCAGGACAUUAUGAUGGACGAGCUCGAUGAACUCCACCGCCUCGAGGAGCAAUACAGGAACACAAUUGAGGCUGCGAUGGAGCAGGGCGACCAGAACGCCGAUUUUGUCAUUCGCCAGCGCGGCCUCAUGGACAACCUCAACAGGAUGCGCGAACGCGUGCUGUUGCUCCGGCAGCAGCUUGGUGAGCAGCGCACACGUGGCAGUGCUGAUGCCGAGUACUGGCAGGAUGACGAAGAGGAUGAUGAUGACUACAACACCGCACGUGACGCCAUGGCGCGGGCCGUGUCCGGGGCAGAGUACCGCCAGCACCAGCGCGAGCUGCAGCAGCGGGGUGGCAUGUAUGGCCGCGAGGGGCUGAGCGACGUGUACGAGCGCAUUGCAGAAUACAACGACGACAUGCGUAUGGACGGCAGUGGCGGCGGCGGUGUUGAUGAUGAUGAUGAUGUUGUUGAGGACGAGGAGGAGGACCACCGCAUGGACCAAGUCAGCAACGCAGCAUACGCACAGACCCGCGAAGACAUUGAGAUUCGUCGCAGCGAGGAGGCGCACAACUUCCAGAUGGCCCUUGCCUAUGCCAGCAUCCUCGAACCAACAGAGCGGCACGAGUUUCUGAGCCUGUUCUUCAGCCGGCUGAUGGAGGGGCCCUUUGGCGCAUUUGUUGAGGCUGCACAGAGCUACUCGCUUAUCCUCGCCAACCUCGACGUCCGCAGCGACGGCGAGGUGCACACGGCCGUCUCCCGUGCUGCCCGCCGCCACCACCAGCAACACCAGCAGCAGCAACAACACCAGUACCAGGCGCCUGCGCAGGCGUGGCCGAACAUGUGGUCUGGGUACCCUGCCAUGUCGCCGGCACGAAUGGGGCUGCACACCCCUGCUGGCGGGAGGGGCCUUGAAGCCAGCAAUGCGGGCACCGUCCCCAGCACGGCCGCCGCCAAGCCCAACGUGAGUCGCCGCCGCUGAAUGCACACCACUGGCUACACUUUGACCACUUGACUUGCCACAUACACAUACACACACACAUUACGUGCUGCUGUGCAUGUGUGCGGUGUUGCUGCACCCUUGCUGCUGUUCAGAGUAACGUGUGUGUGUGUGUGUGCAGGGGGGGGGGUUGUUUGUCAGAGAAGUUAGCGACAACCAGGCAGUUGCUGUCUUUUUCGCUCAGCGUGCCGUUUCUUGCUGUUUUCUUCCCUUUAUGAGUUGCUUCGCGGGUGUUGCCACUACCUUCUCGUUGCGCUAUUUUCGUGCCUAUUCUGCUGUGUUUUCGUUGCUGGCGUGAGUGUGGUGGUGGUGGUGAGGGUGGGAGAGACAGCAUGUGUAGCUUGUGUUGUGAGGCGUUGUUUUGCUUGGUGGUUUGUUUGAUCCAUUUGAUUCGCCAACGUCUGUAAAGUGUGUUCUGUAGUCCAUUAAAAUCGCAACACCCG